AGGCCAUCUCCUGAGUGGGUGGGGAGUAGAGAGCAGGGUGCAGAAGGGAACACAGGCACAGUAUGCAGCCAAGGGGAGUUACGUUGAAGGCCUGAGCGGGAAAACAGUUCAUAAGCAAGGCAGUGGAAUUAAAUGUGCAAGGAGGGAGGCUGAGUGCCAGGAUGUGGGUGUUGGUGCAGACUGGAGAGGCUCUGUGUGCGAGGAAAAUGUUUGGAAGACUGUGUUCAGAUUGCUGAGGGCGUGGCUCAGUGCUGUGGGAUGGUGAACCCCAGUCUACAGCUCAGUGGUCGAGAAGCUUGCUUAGCAUGCGCGUGCACAGGAUUUGUGCAUCCACUGGGGGUAGAUCUAAACACAUAGGAUAGCUUUUGAGCUCGUCAGGAGGAAAUGUAGCCCGAUGUUAAUAGUGCAGACCUGCAAUUUCAGGAGGUGGGAAGUGGGAGACAAGAUCAGGAAUUCAAGGGCAUCCAUCAUUGGCUACAAGAGAGAGGGAGGAGGUUGAAAGAGAAAAAAAUAGGGAGGAGAGAAGGGGAGGGUGCUUCCUAUGCUUUCAAGAAAGACCAUGGGUUAUCUGGUGCUCACGUGCCUACCGGCUGACCUUGAAGACCCAUUGAGCCAAUGCCUAGGUCCCACUCCCUUGCCACGCCUCCUCACUCAGCAGGGUGUAUUUUGUACACGUCAGCAAGCUGCUGCGCUACCAUUGGCUGGAUGGUCGGAGGGGGACGGGCGUGCAGAUGUUCCCGGAAGCUCAAGACGCCCGGCGUGUGCUACACUGGGAGCCUGAGCCUAGUGGACUGGGCAAUGUGGCUGGAGCUAGGGGCCGUGCUGCGCGGGACCCGUGGACUGCUGGGCAGGACUGUUCAUCUGCCCUGUGGGGCCCUGGGGCUUAGGCCCCACUGGUGGGGACCAUGUAGGGGUUGUCGGGCCCAAAAUGUUCAUCAAGACCGGCCUGGAAGAGGCCUAAGUGAGGAGGACAUUCGCAGGGCACGAGAGGCCCGCCUCAGGAAGGCACCCCGGCCCCAGCUUAGUGAUCGCUCUCGUGAACGCAAGGUACCUGCCUCCCGCAUCAGUCGCCUGGCCAGCUUUGGGGGGCUGGCUGUGGGCUUGGGCCUGGGAGCACUGGCUGAGGUGACCAAGAAGUCGCUGCCAGGAGGAGGUCUGCAGCACAAGGGCGGCUCUGCAUUGGGCUCCAGCCCAUUCCUUUCCGAGGCCAACGCUGAGAGGAUCGUGCAGACCUUAUGUACAGUCCGGGGGGCUGCUCUCAAGAUUGGCCAGAUGCUCAGCAUCCAGGACAAUAGCUUCAUCAGCCCCCAGCUGCAGCAGAUCUUCGAGAGAGUCCGCCAGAGUGCCGACUUCAUGCCCCGCUGGCAGAUGCUGAAAGUUCUAGAAGAGGAGCUGGGCAAGGACUGGCAGGAAAAGGUGGCCUCCCUGGAGGAAGUGCCCUUUGCUGCUGCCUCCAUUGGGCAAGUACACCAAGGCAUGCUAAAGGAUGGGACUGAGGUGGCUGUGAAGAUCCAGUACCCAGGUGUUGCCCAGAGCAUCCAGAGUGACGUGAAGAACCUACUGGCCCUACUCAAAAUGAGUGUGGGCCUGCCAGAGGGGCUGUUUGCUGAGCAGAGCCUGCAGACCUUGCAGCAAGAGCUGGCUUGGGAGUGUGACUACCGAAGAGAAGCUGCUUGUGCCCAGACCUUCAGGAAGCUCUUGGCAGAUGACCCCUUCUUCCGGGUGCCAGCUGUGGUACAGGAGCUGUGCACUACACGUGUGCUGGGCAUGGAGCUGGCUGGGGGAAUCCCUCUAGACCAGUGCCAGGGCCUGAGUCAGGACAUCCGGAAUCAGAUUUGCUUUCAGCUCCUGAGGCUGUGUCUGAGGGAACUGUUUGAGUUCAGAUUCAUGCAGACAGAUCCCAACUGGGCCAACUUCCUAUACGAUGCCUCCAGCCACCAGGUGACAUUACUGGACUUUGGUGCAAGCCGGGCAUUUGGAACAGAAUUCACAGACCAUUACAUUGAGGUGGUGAAGGCUGCUGCUGAUGGAGACAGAGAUCGAGUCCUGAAGAAAUCCCAGGAUCUCAAAUUCCUCACAGGCUUUGAAACCAAGGCAUUCUCCGACGCCCACGUGGAGGCAGUGAUGAUUCUGGGGGAGCCCUUUGCUGCCUCGAGUCCCUACGACUUCGGAGCUGGAGAGACGGCUCGCCGAAUACAGGGCCUCAUCCCGGUGUUGCUUCGGCACCGGCUGCGCCCACCACCUGAGGAGACCUACGCCCUACACCGCAAGCUGGCUGGGGCUUUCUUAGCCUGUGCUCGUCUCCACGCCCACAUCGCCUGCCGGGACCUCUUCCAAGACACCUACCACCAUUACUGGGCCAGUCGCCAGGCACUGCCACUGCCAGCAGCCUCCUGACUAGAAGGACCUCCCUGCCGACCCCCAUGACAGACUCCAUCCAGGGAUACCAGCUCCACAGCGGGUGGUCCUCUGUUAUGGCUCUUCUUGCCCCCUCCCCCUCUGUCCUGGCUCCAGAGCCAAGUUCCUUGCCUUGGAUCUUCGGGCCCCUGGAGUUAGCUCCCUGAUCCAAAGUGGGCAUCCUGGAAUUCUAAAGCUGGGAGUCAGCAGAUUCCUGCCUUCAUCUAAGUGAGCCCUUGGUCCCUUCAUGGGGGUUCACUCUCGUCUGGAGGGGGCGCCCCUCGGCCGCGGGUCUUCCAGGAUCGGCAGGAGAAAGGGGAGAUGGUGGCUGUUGGAGGCGGUCCUCACCUUUGCCUCCCUCGCUCUACCAGCUGCCUUCUUCCGGGGUUCCAGCCUGUGUAUUGGAGGAUGGGGGUGGGUGCCGAUCCUUCUCUCCGAAUAAAGGCACCCUUUCCCUUC